UUUUUUUUGCAGCAUGCAUGUACAGCUGUUCCUGGCACAGAAAGAGGAUGUACCUUUUCUGGGGUACUCAGUUGCGCGCGCUUGAAACCACAGCUCAAAUCAGGUUUGACUCAACACACAAAGAAAAACAGGAAGUGACUGUGAGACAAAGAAGAAAGCACUUUAUUAUCGCAAAUUUGUGCUCGAGGUUGUGAGAACUACAGGAAAUUUGACAAAUGAGACUACAAGCUACAGUUUUCAACAACGAAGAUGGAACCAAACAUUGCGGAUUUGCUUAAGGAUGCGUUUUCAGAAAUUGACAUAGAUUUUGGGGAUACCCAAUCAGACGAGGGCCCUAACACGUCCCAAACACAGCCAGCUGCUGAAAAGGACAUGGAUAUAUUAAGUAGUGAUAGUAAACUCUUGACAACAUCAGAGCAAGGCUCACUCGACACCUUCACUAAUGUUUAUGAGCAGGAAGAAAGUGAAGAGAGCUCUGAUAGCAGUGAGAGUGAGUUAACUGAUGUAUUCACUAUCAACACAGAGUCUACAUUUUGCCUCUCUUAUAAAACAAAUAAUGAUGAAGUUGUAAACACGAUGAUGAGUGAAGCACCACUAAACUGUACAGCUGCAGAGGAAGGAAACAUGCAAAGUGACUUAGCAGGAGGCGUUUCUCCACACGGACUAGUUACUGAAUUCAGUACAACAGGAGAUGAAACGCAGCUGGUAAAGGAAGAACAUAUAGAAAUAUGUGACGAAGAAUAUCAGCUAAAGACAUUACCUCCAACGUCCAACAAUAGUCAAACUUCAGAAGAGACAUCAUCUGAAACAGAUGAAGAAUUGCCAGAGAACUCCAACACGACAGAAAAAACUUCUCAUUGUCAAUCUGUUGAUAUAAAGGAUGAACCUUUUCUUGCAAUGAAUCCAAAUACUGCUGACAGAUAUUAUAUCAGAGACGACAUGAAAGAGUUUACAGAGGAAGACCAAGAACAGAUAGAGGAAAGCCUUGCAGAUUACCCCUCGGAUUUAUCACACAGUGAAACCGAAGAACCUGCCGAAAACGCUAAGGCCCAGGCUUUCACUCUCAUAGACCUCAGCUCUAAUGAUGAGUGCUCCACAGACAGAAUGGAGGAUUUUUUCAAUGCAGAACAUGAGAACUUUCAAAACAAAGACAGUCCUGCCCUAGAUCUUAAUUCUGGGAUUAAGGACCUGGAGGUCGAAAUGACCUCAGCAUCAGAAAACUUAGAUGAAGAUGUUCAAGAAUGUUUAUCAAAUGAUAGAAACACAGAAGAUGACGGCAAGUGUAGUGAGGAUGAGCAAGAGCUAAGUGACGUUAAUGAUCAAGCAGCCUACAGUAGCAGUGAUGAUCAUAGCACGAGCGAAGAUGAGCAGAAUUUCAUCUCAUCAGUGAAGCAGGAAGAGGAAACCAAUCAUGUUACACAUCAUGACUACUCAACAGAGGACAUAGAGAGGAUGGACAAUGAUAUUGAUUACAUAAUACAAGAUACAAUGGACAUGGAUUCUAACAAUCUUGAAAUACAGAAUUUGCAAGACUUAUCCAGUGAUAUUGAGGAAAGAGGCUUCACAAACACAAACUCUAUUUUACAUUAUGAGAAAUUCAAUACAGAACCUACAGAAUCACACAGCCGCAUGGACUCGGGACAAUCAGACUCAGCCAUGAAUGACAGUGACAAAUUAUUUUCAGAGGCUUUAUAUGAUGUAGGAGAUACCAGAAACAUAAUACCUGAGGCUUUGUGGUCUUCGGCAUUGCUGAUGGAUGAAGACAACCUGUGCUUAGAUGAGUAUGACUGGGAUUUGACUGGUGAAGAGUCAUUUAAAAUAAGUCCAGGCAACGGAGAAAAUCAACAGUACACAGAAGAAGAAGCCCUGGAGGAUUUAGGCAUCGAUGAUGACGAUGAUGAUGAAGAAAGGAAUGACCGGGACUGGGAGCUCGAGAAAACUAGAAUUGAGGCAUUUUACAGAUUCUAUGGUGACCAGACUGAACCAGAGGAUAAAGCAGGCAGGAACCAUAAGGUUACAUUUCAUUUGGAACAUGAAUCUUCUGAAUGUGAUGAUGAAGAUUCUGACAGCACUGAGGAGGAAUCAGACUCAGAUCUCAACACACCAGAUGUCACCACAUUAAAACCAGAGUACCACAGUGAAUCAGAUGACCCACUGGAAAGGCCUUACUAUCCCGAGAGGUCAAGGAUGCAACAGAAGGAAGAGGAGCCUGUGACUGCAGAAGUGAAGCAACAUCCUCAUAGGAACAAGUGUCUUGCUGUGCUAAAGACCACUUUGGCUUUCAGCCUGCUGACAGCAAUAGGAGUGGUUUCGUUUUGCUGGGCAACAGACAAUCUGGAUUGGAUUCACUGAAUUUAAACUUCAUUGUAACUGGUUUAGAAAACACAGUAAGGAAUCCAUAUUAUUAUCUGAUAAAGGAUCAUUUUAGCUUUUUGGUAUGCAUGUAAAUGUAGAAGCAGGCACUCUCUGAAUAGUAUUAAUGGUUUAAUGUUUGUAAAAUAGGCAACAGGCAAAGUCCGUGUAAAUUUGGCCAACUUUAUUUCUUGUAACAUUGCAGCCUUCAAACAUGCUCUAGAAAAAAAAACCUUUAAAAAUAGUUUUUUUCCGUUUCAUGUAACAGUUCUUGUGUGUUUUAGUUUGCCAUUAGUAGGGCAUCAAGGGACAUAUUCUAGUUGAAUGCAAAAAAAAAAAGAAGUGUAUUUUAUGUUGUUUUUUUCUUCUGGCACAGAAUCCUGUAUUAACGUUAUCAAUUCACAUGCCAUGCACUUAGUGUAAUCGCUUAUACUGGGACUGAAAUAUUUUGAAAGGUCUUCAGUAAAGCAUAACGAGUCAUCAGUCAUGCCAUUACUAAGGAAUCACAAUUUAUUCCUUGUGGGGUAAAACUAUAUUACUCUUUAUAAUGCUCUACUGCAUUUUCACAUGAGUUCUUCUUAUUGUAGGUCUGAAAGCUUUGUCUUUUUGAAAAAUUUAUAUGUAUAAUUAGUCUUAAAAAACUUGCUUUUGCUUACAGAAUGUGGAAUGUUGGCAUACAGUAUAAUCACAAGCUACCAAUCAAAUGUCUAAACCAGCUAUCCACUAUUUCUUACAGGGUUUUUUUUUUGUAAUAAUGAAUAUAACAAGCGUAGUUGUAGGAUAAUAAGAUUUUGAUAAGAUAUUAAACAAAUGAGCUAUUUCAAAGGCAUGGUGAUGCUUACAGAUGGUCAAGGCAAUGAUUAUGAUGAACAUUUAAUUGAAUGUAAAAUGUAAACAUUUUUACCUGUAAAAACUCCUGUAAAUGUAUUAAUAAAAAAUAAAUACAUGCUAAGUUUAUAAAUGUAUUGAAGAUGAAAGUAAAAAUGUGUUUAGAAGUGCUCUCUUUGUGUCUUUGGUUGGGGUACUCAUUUAAACAAAGGUUUCCAUUAAAUAUGUCACAUAAAUUCAUA